AUGGUUGUGCUGCAGCUCUUCGUGCUCCUGCAUUUCAUGGCCUGCAUCUUCUGGUACAUCGGAAAUGGCUGGCCUUCCGUGCAAGAAUUGCGCGGUCGACAAGGCGACACUGAUGUGCCUGGAUGGUUCAUGGUGUACGAAGGCAUGAAUGUCCAGCGGGGCAGCAUAAGCCAGCCAGAAGUUCCCGUUUUGAACCAAUACCUGCUGGCAGUUUACAUCAUGGUGGUCGUGGUGACGAACGACAGCAAUUCUCUUGCCAGCCCAUCAUCUUGGCCCGAGCUGUUUUGGCUGCUAGUGAGUUUCGUGAUCUCCGUCGCAGUUAUGGGCCACAUCGAUGGCACACUGGUUGGCAAGGUAAUCUCGCAGGAUGAGAGUAUCGUCGAGCAGCGUGUCAUGCGAGCCAGGAUUGACACCUUCAUCAAGAACUCGGGGCUUCCUCCAGACCUCGUGGAACAGAUCCGAAUGUCCGCUGGCGCAGACGGAGACAGCGGCGUCAACGUCCUGGCGUCCAGCAACAAAACCCAAAAGGCCGCAGACGUUCGUGUCAUGGAGUCGGUCUUGGCUAACCUUUCCUAUUCCCUUCUCCAAAGAGUGGGACGGCGUGUCUUUCUCAAGUGGCUUCAAGCUUUGCCAAUCUUCAAGGACUGUUCAGAUCCCUUCUUGCUCCACUUGGCGACAUCAUGUCGGCUGCUGACCUCGUCGGCAGGCGCCUUUGUUUGCCGAGCGGGGGAGCCCACCAGUUAUUUCGUGGUCCUGAAGAGCGGCUCGGCACAGUUGCGCGACAUGAACAGUGAUGAGGUGGAUCGCGUGGACGAACGGGGCACGGCCUUGUGCGACAUGUCCUGUCUCUUUGGCCUGCGACACGAGAUCUCCAUCGUCAGUGAGGAAGACAGCGUGUUCAUAAAGUGCCCCCUGGAGCAGCUGAACCAUGCCCUGGCUUUGUAUCCCAAGGACCACGAAGCCAUCCACAACAACGUUCUCAAGCUGACGCCCGACCCGUCUCAUGAACAGGAAGGUAAUGAGGACGUGAUCGACAACCAAGGCAUGGUCGGCAUGUGGGGGGAUGAUGACGAGGACAUGGCCAAGUCACAGGCUUCCCACACCUCUCGACGGCGGCGGAAGCGCAAAGAAGGUGGAGUUGACCUCGUGGCAGAGCUGAACUUGCACGACCUAUCUCUGGAGGGAGUUGCGAAGGUGAGGAAGCUUAUCAAGCAGUUUCAGAAGACACAGGAGCAGGAGCGAAUCGGCGACUUCAUUGCCUAUGCCGCUCAGGGGAAGCUCGAACAGAUGGAAGCUAUGCUGAGAAGCAACAAGGUCAACGUAAGCUGCGUAAAUUGGGACAUGCGCACGGCCCUCCACGUCGCUGUCAGCAAUGGACACGGCACCAUCGUUGAGAAGCUUAUCAUUGAGUACCUGGCGCCCCUGACGGUGCAAGACCGCUUUGGCCAUACACCUCUAGACGAUGCUGUUCGAGAGCGGCACGCGGAGGUUGCAGAGUUCCUCAUUGAGGCAUCGGCUGAAUUCAAAGGCGGCGUGUCGGCUGCGGUCCAGCUGUGCGAAGCAGCGGCGAAUGGCGAAACCGCCCAGCUCGAACUGCUCGUGGAUGUUAUCGGCGUCGACCCGAAUCUCGGAGAUUAUGAUGCGCGCACAGCACUCCAUCUGGCUGCUUCCAAUGGCCACCUGGAGACGAUCACGAAGAUGUUGGAGUUUGGCGGCCUGGACCUGAGCCCCCUGGAUCGUUUUGACCAGACUCCACUGGACGACGCUAUCCGUCACGAGCACGUGGCAGUGCAAAGGCUGCUGAAAGCAGAGGGUGCGCAAAUGGGCAAAGUUGAGUUCGGUGUGGCACUCUGCGAAGCCGCUUCGCAAAAUGACCUUGGGAAGAUCCGACAGAUGAUCGAAGCAGGGGUCAGGGCAGGGAUGGCGGACUAUGACUAUCGAACCGCACUGCACCUGGCAUGUUCCAACGGACAUUUGGAAACGUGCGUCUUCCUCCUCCGUGAGGGCAAGGUGGAUCCGAAUCCCCUGGACCGCUUCCUGAACACGCCCAUGGACGAUGCGGUGCGUCACGAGCAGCAUGAUGUGGUGCAGCUCCUCGUGAAAUACCGGGGACGGCCAUCUCAGGAUGAGGAGUUGCAAGGAGGGGUUCGCAGCGAGUUUAUCAACAUGAUGGAAGAGGAGGGGAACCGGAAGGAUGCUGACAAACUGGAGAAGGAGCUGAAGACGAACGGCUUCGCGGAAGUCUUGGAGAAGUUAGUGAAGCUCCGCUCCGACAUCGAGAACGAAGUGCAUCAGUUCAUUGCCAGCGCCACGAACAUUCGCUAUGACGUCUGCAAGAUUUUGCACAUGGCAAUGAUGUUGGGUGAAGAUUCGGUGCGUGGCAAGAUGGAGAUGGAAGAGUUCAAGAUAGGUUUCCAG